AUAUACAUCAUUUUGACACAAGAUUAAUUUUUUUAGGUAACAGUAUGAUUUAAAUUUUAAAGCUAGUUGAUUCAUUGUCAUUUAUAAUGUUAAUCACGGAAAAGUUACAUGAUGUUAUAUUUGUGAUUGAAUCCAGUGUGAUAAAUGGAGAACAUUUUGAGGAAAUAAAGAAGUCUUACCUAUUCCCUAUCAUCACAUUCUUUAAUGGAGGUGUACAACCAAUGGAAACAGACUGGCUUGGUGCAGAGAGCGCUGCUACACAAUUUUGUUUGUUGACGUUUGUAAAUAAACCUCAAAUUGGAUGCAACGUUACACGAAGAAAAGCAACGAGAAACGCAUAUGAUUUUAAAAAUCAGAUCAACAAAAUAAAGUUGGAUGGUGGUGGUCUUACAAACUGUUCGUUGCUUGGUGAAGGUUUGGCAGUUGCAUUGCAGACUUUUGAAGAUAUCGCCAAACCAAGAGAGAGCAAUUCAAAUAUUGUCAGACAUUGCAUAGUUGUGGCAAAUGCUCCUCCAUAUAACCUUCCUGUGUUGGGGAAUAAUGCGUACAACGGAACAAGCUUUGAUUCGCUUCUUGAUUUGUUUGUAAAAAGAUCAAUACAUUUGUCAUUAAUAUGUUCUCGCUGUGUUCCACAAUUUAAAGAUCUCGUUAUGAAGACUUCUCGCAAUGAUGCUGCUGAAGUUAUAUCUCAGUCUUCAAAGUAUGCCACUCACAGCAAUCACAUGGUAUUUUUGAAAGGGAUCAAACUACCAUUGCAAGAUACAUCAGUCAGUGAUCAAACUGUAAAAUUAGAACCUAGCUUUGCAACCAAAAAUAAAAAUACUGAACAAGAUCCUAAUCCUCACCCGCAGAAAAGAAUGAAACAAGAAGAACCUGUUCAAACUAGUUUCAUGCAACCCAAUUCCAAUCAACCUCCCGGAAAUAUUAACAUGAGUGCAUAUUUACAGACUGGCAAUUCAGCGUCUUUACAAGGUGCCAUGACAGCUGAAGUUAUGACAAAUAUUGCAAAAACGAAUAGACCAUUACAACCUUCCUUUGAAACCCAGUCUGUCUCUUCAUCACAAACCAUAAACAUCUCAGCGGGUGAUACUCCCUUGGUACGGACAGCACUAGUUCAACCACAAUUAAUUCCGCAACCGCACCAACCAGCACAGCAAGUUCCGCAGCACGGAGAAAGAAAACUAGCAUGGAUAGGCAGAUUGCAAUGGCAAGAAACUACUGUUAGUGGAAACGAAUCAGGCAAAAGUAUUUCCAGGUUACUGGAAUGCAAAGCGACAAUAGCAAAGAAUGAGGAAUUAAAAACAGAUGUUUGGCCACAAGUGCUGCACAUGCAACUUAUUCCACAAACCUAUUUGCAAACUUUAUCGGACUUUCUUAAACAUGCUAAAAUUAUCAUCUUCCACUUCACAUCAAGCGACAGUGAGACACUACAGGCGAUGUAUCGUGUUAUGAAUGGCGCAGGACCGGCUGGUAAUCCUGGUGGAGGGACUGGUCAAAAGUUUGCAGGAUGUGUGAUUCUGAAACCUCCAAGUCCUCCUGAUCCGAACCAUGUACGUGUUUUGCUUCUCAUGUAUUCUCCGAAAAAGAAGGCUUUUAUUGGUAUCAUUCCGGAACAACAGCAAAACUUUGUUAAUAGACUUGGGGCCAUCAUCAGUCAAGAUAAAAAUCAAAUGACGAAUAAAACCAAUGAUAUGAACAUGAUGACUCGAAAUGUUAGAGCUCCAGUGAUGAAUCCUCAAAUCCCUUCAAGCAACCCUCAGAUGAAUCCAGCACAACUUCUUGCUCGCCAGCAUCAACUACAGUUUGCUAAUCCUCUUCGCAAUCUUCUCACUGGUGGAGACCUGAUGGCUUCAAAACAACAGCUCCUUAUGCAACAACAACAAUCUCAACAACAACAAGUUUCGUUGCCACAACAAACACAACAGAUGGUGUCACAGUUACCAUGGAGCAACCAACAGCAACAACAACAACAAUUUCGACAACAGUACAUGCUUCAACAACAACAACAACAACAGCAGCAGCAGCAGAGACAAGUUGCAAUGGCGCUUGCGCAACAACAACAACAACAACAACCGCAACAACAACAGUUAACCGACCCUAUUUAUUCCGAUUUUCUCGGAACUGGGUGAGGAACGUAAUGCCUAGAUUAGAAAUAUUGUGAGAGAAAAUGACACUCCUUUGGGGUUGAAACGCACCACUUGAUGAAGUGUGCUGCGAGAUAUUUAUAAACUGCGGGAUAAACUUUGUAUUUAAAUAUUUUAUAGAUAUAGGUAAAUUAAUAAAUGGUAAAUAUUUUAAUAA